AUGGAUUCAUCUUUAGGCGGCAGUUCUGCCCGUUUACAGGAUCCCAAACUCCUCAAUUCCAUAGCUGCGAGUUAUGAGUACUCUAAUUCCAUUCCUUUGAAGAUAUGGUUACGUUCGGCUACAACUAUGCUCAAACAUGGACAGUACUACGCCACAGACGGUAACUUGACGGAGACGUAUGUUCUGUAUCUCAGGUACGUGGACUUGUUAGCGAACCGGCUCUACAAGCACCCAGAACUGAAGAACUGGAAAACUUCCAAAGAUGGUGCAAUCAAUCGACAAACUUAUCAAAAUAUGUGCAAGAAGAUGCCAGAGAUAAUGAAUGAGGCGGAACGAAUACGUAAGCUUCUGGACGCAAAAUACCUUGAGCAGCAACAAAGACAACCACGUCCAUACGUUCCGCGACCACGUGCAACCCCAAUGGCAAAACGUUCUUCUGAAUCUAGCCUUUCGCUUUCCCCAGAGCCCCAAGAAGAUCUCAAUGCUUCUUUGGCUUCCAAAUUGCGCACCUUGUCAUCCAGCAGUGCUAAUAACUCUCAGAUCAAACUUGAUAUAUCAUACCCUAAUGAGUUUGCUAUCGAAUCGGAGACUGAGCCUCCAGUGCUUCCUAAAAAACCGAUCUCCUCAUCUGCAGCUGUUCACAAAACUGUGAAUUUUACAGAAGGAGGAUCUCCCCUCCGCACCGUCUUUCUCCCUCCGAAACUAGUGGAUGAAUUCCUCACUAUUGCCAAAAAGAACACGUCCAAGAAGCUUGAGACAUGUGGUAUUCUUUGUGGUAAGUUGAAUCGAAACGCCUUCUUCAUCAAUUAUCUUGUCAUCCCCGAACAGGAUUCUACGCCAAACACUUGCAACACUAAAAAUGAGGAAAAAUUAUUUGAUUUUAUUGACAACCUCGAUCUAUUCGUUCUUGGAUGGAUUCACACGCAUCCAACGCAAUCAUGCUUUCUCUCAUCAGUCGAUCUGCAUACACAAAACUCAUAUCAAAUAAUGCUUAACGAAGCAAUAGCAAUUGUCUGUUCUCCCAAAUUCGAGCGCAAAUUGGGGAUAUUCAGACUGACAGACCCUCCUGGAAUUCCAACCAUUACCAAUUGCAACUUAUCAGGUUUCCAUCCCCAUGAGACCGAUAAUCUGUAUGUUGAAUGUCACCGGACAAACUCUGACGGCGGACAUGUGGUUCUAAAAGAUCUUCCAUUUGAGAUAAAGGAUCUGAGAUGA